AUGGUGCAAUUAGACUAUCUUUCUCACUAUGGACCAUCGAUUUGCGUUAAAUUCUUUGAAAGGUUUGUUUUAGCGGGAUAUGGACCUUUUAUACAUGUUUACGACUAUAAAACUGGCGAACUACUGAACAUCGCAAGAAUAUUUAAUAGAAAUAAGGUUCACGGCAUUUCAGUCAAAGGCGACCAUAUUUUGGCAUAUGGUGCACGAUCUUUGAGCGUAAUAACGAUACAAAACGUAUUGGAACAAAGAACGCUCAUCAAUUUCGAGAAAAACUGCCAUGAGUGGAUAAUAGACGCAGAAUUUAGCGCCAGCGGAGAGUCAAUAUUUCUUUUAACAAGCUAUAAUAAAGUCAUAUGUUGCAGUCUAGAUGGAACUGUUGAUGGUAUUAAGGCAGUGUUUGGGGAGCGUUCUAUACUCUAUUCUGGCUCCAUCAAGGUUUUUGAUGAUGAACGUGUUUAUGUCAAUGCCGGAACUGUGAUGGGCGGUGUAAUCAUCUGGGAUCUAUUUAGCGAAGAAAAGAUUUAUAACUUCACGGGACACGAAGGCUCUAUCUUCUAUGUUACUUUAAGUGAUGAUGGAAAGUACAUAGCCACCUGCUCCGAUGACCGCUCGAUUAAAUUAUGGAAUAUGGACACAGGCGAAUUAAUGUCUACAGCAUGGGGACAUACGGCUAGAAUCUGGAAUCUGCAGUUUUUUGAUAAUGAUAAAAAGCUUGUAAGUGUAUCUGAAGAUUGUACUUGUAGGGUAUGGGACAUUAUGGACAAUGGAGUUGUGAAGCAGAGAGAUGCCUAUGAGGUGCAUCUUACCAAAAACGUCUGGGGUGUUGAUGUUCAAAGCUCAGAAAUGAUAGCAGUGACCUCAGGAAAUGAUGGUACACUUAAGCUAACGGAUUUGAAGCCUUUGGACAGAAACGGUGACGAAGUUCAUGUUUUCUUGAGAAACGAUUUCGAAUUAGAUGGACUUAAGCUGGAAGUUGGCGAGAUUUUUAAGGGUUUCUUCUGGUUAAAAUUUGGAUUGAUAGCUGUUACCUCUCAUGGCCAGGUUUUGCGAUAUAAUCAAAUCACUAGUCGGUGGAACGCCGUCUUACAGGAUGAGAAACUUUCGAGCUACACCAUGACUAGUGGAGUUCAAGAUAUUGACACAGUAGUUUUUUGUAAUAAUAACUGCGAUCUUAUCUUGAUGAAGUUUCAGAGAGGAAAUGGUCAUUUACUUUCAAAAGUAUCCUUACAUGUGGAAGAAAUAUCUAAAUGUACAAAUUGUCUUGUUGCCUUCGAAGAGAAUAGGUUACUAGUGACACUAGAAUCGCCAAAACCAUCCGACAACUUCCUCUGUUUACAGUUCGACGUUGAUAGUCUUGAAAUGUGCAACAAAUAUCAAUGGAAGAAGCCUUCUGGUUUUUUCUCAAGUUCUCUGUGUGUAUGGAACGAUUAUCUGAUUGUUGGGUCUAAACUGGGAUCUAUGUUUGUUUUCACAUUUUCAAACCCCCAAUACGAUGCAUUAAUGCUGCGCCGACUUUGCCCUGGAGACACUAUUACCUCCGUCAAAUUUGUGGAAACUUUGCCCAAUGGGGAGUCAUUGUUUUCUAUUACUAACAGAGAUGGUUAUUAUCUGUUUCUCUCAAUCAAUGUUCCUGAGCGCAGAUACAAAAUUGUUCACUCGAAUAAAAUUUCAAAGGGCUUCUUAGAGGGUGCUUUUUAUAAUGAAGAUGGAGAUUAUAUCGUCUACGGAUUCAAAUCAGAUCACUUUUAUAUGUUUAACGAAACGAAACAAUUUGAAAUAAUGAGUGAACUUUGUGGAGGUGCUCAUCGUCAAUGGAAGCUAUUCAAAAACUUCAUCCCCGGUGAGUAUGUCUUGGUAUAUGUGAAGGCGGGAAAUAUACAUCUUAGAAGAGUACACCAGCGAAAUAUUCCUCAGACGCUUGUGGAUGGAACUCAUGGCAGGGAAAUUCGUGAUCUCUCGAUUCGGGGGUCACAUCCUUAUCGAAACGGCUAUCUAUUUUGUUCGGCAUCCGAAGACACCACAAUCAAAUUGGCUGUUUUUGAAAGAGAGAGCGGAAUUAUUAAAAACUUUUGGACUCAACGGAAGCAUACCUCAGGUUUACAACGUUGCAAGUUUAUUAGUGACAAAUACAUGAUAUCUUCAGCGGCCAGAGAAGAAUUGUAUUUGUGGGAAUUGAACACUCAGUUCUCCACUGGUCCCUAUAUGAAUCUGUUGAAAGAGCUACCUCCUUCCUCAAAGAAUCCGGAUCUGCGGAUAAUGGAUUUUGACUAUAAGAUGUUGGAUAAUGGUAAUUUUCUAUUGGCAACUGUUUAUUCGGACUCGGCGAUCAAAGUGUGGAUUUACAACAGCAAGACAAAUGAGUUCAAUCUUCUCAUACAGGGCAGAUACGAAACCUGCUGCUUACUUAAUGUCGCACUAAUACAUUUACAUGAGAGAGACAUUCUAUUAGUUGGUCCAACAGACGGGCACCUGGUUUACUGGGAUAUCAGCAAAUAUAGUCUCUUCCACUUCUCAGAAGUUGCCAAUGACCAGGAGGGAGCUGAAGAGAGCCACCUGUUGCCGAAAUACGAUGGAAGAAUUUUAGUUCACAAAGCUGGUAUCAAGGACCUUGCUGUUCGGGUUACCUCUGGAGCAUGCUUUAAAGCGUAUACUGUUGGUGACGAUAACGCUGUUGCUAUUAGCACAUUUUCAUUAAACACAGCUGGAUUUGUUAGUGGCGCAGUUAGUUGUCUCGAAGACCGUGGUGGUGCUUCGACUAUCACCUCCUUGGAUCUAAUAGAACAGAGUGAUAAGUUGAUUACUACAUCAGUAGACCAGAAUGUGAGAGUAUACGAUAUUUCUUCUGAUGGAUUAAUUUUGGAAUUAAAAACUUAUACAACCAUUGCCGACACGGGCUGCUCUGCUGUUCUUAACGAAUCUGAUAAAGCCUUUCUUCUCAUAGGUGGUGUUGGUCUUUCAGUCGCGAAACUAACAAAACUUCGUUAG